GGUCCGGGCGCCAGCCGCCGCCGCGGUCAGUCUUCACCCAGUGGCUGUGCCGUUCAGAGUUGACCGACACGCUCCGCUCCUGGCCGACGUUCACGCGCCUCCCCGGGCCUUACAGGCCGAGCACGACACUCGCCUCUCUGCAGGACAGGAGCCGACACAGCUCGCAGCCGAGCUGGACUCGCAUUGAAACGAGACGCAAAUAACUGGACGAUAUAAUAAGCGCGAGACGCUCGGGUUUACUCGCAAAAGAGUCAUCUGUAGUAAGCUUUCAAGCAAAGGUUAUAAUUGACAUUUUCUUAAAAAGCCUCGUUAAAUUAUACCCCCAAGCAAAUCCACCAGCAUCAGCCGUCCGUCGACAACCUCCCGUGUUGUCGGUCUCCGUCCGCCUUCCGUCUGCCCCCCGGACGUGAGUCGAGCGGCAGAUUUCGACCAGAAUACCAGCACACCGGCAGACAUGGUGGCUCCAGAGAAAGUUCGAAAAAUCAAGAAGCUGAUGGCCGCCGAACAUCCCCUCCACGGCUGCUGGCAGCUGCUGACCACGCAGAAGCCGUACAGCCUGUACCUGCUGGCCAUCCUGCUAGCCACCUACCUGCUCUCGCAGAUCAACCAGUACGUGAUGGCCGUGGUGGCCCGGCCCAUGGCGCAGGAAAUAAAAUUUGGAGAACGGUCAUGUUUCGUCAACGAGACGAUUUGCAAUGGUGCAAGCUGUGCGGCAAACGCCUCGCACCCCGCCUUUCCCAUCUCCGUCGGCAACGAGUCGCUGGCGCAGGUGAUGGAGGAGAUGAACAACAUCACCCUGCUCUCCUCCACCCGCUCCAAGUCCAACUCCAACUCCAGCUCCAGCGGUGACUGUGAGCGUUGGGAGUACCGGCCGGCCGGCUACCAGUACACGGUCCUCAUCGGACCGGCCUUCUUCCUCUUCUUCACUGCGACGGGCAUCCCGCUGGGCAUCCUGGCCGACGUCUACAGCAGAAAGGCGAUCCUGGGUGUGUGUCUGCUGCUGUGGUCGGCCUGUACGACCUGCACCGGCUUUGUGACCGGCUACUGGCAGCUGCUGCUUCUCAGGAUCGGAGUGGCUGUCGGAGAGUCGGUGUGCGUGCCGCUGUGUACCAGUCUGAUCGCCGACCACUUCAGCCAGCGAACACGCGGCGCCGCGCUAGGAGUGUUCAGCCUGGGCACCAACGCCGGCUACAGCCUGGCCUUCACCCUCGGAGACCUCAUCACCAGGGCCAACUUCUACCAAAUGGGCUGGCGGUGGGCGUUCAUCCUCACCGGUCUGCCGGGCAUCCUGCACAGCUUCAUCAUCAGCUUCACCGUCACCGAGCCGCCGAAGGUGGCCAAGAAGCGGCAGUUCUCCUCCAAGGCCUUCACCCGACACCGGCUGGGCACCAACGUGAAGCGCGUGCUGCAGCCGUUCGCCAGCGUCGGCCUGAUCGCGCUGACGGCCGCCGCCGCGGUACGCACCACUGUGGGCAUAAUGUGGGCGUACAACGUGCAGCUGUAUUUCGAGGCGGCCGGCGAGUCGUCGGCCGACAUCGCGCAGUGGCUCUCCUGGAUCCCGCUGGCGGCCGGCUCGCUGGGCGCCGUGCUCGGCGGCGUGCUCAGCGACGUGCUGUACGCGCGGCGUGGCCUGGCCGGCCGCGUGCUGGUGCUGGUCGUCAGCCAGCUGGCCACGGCGCCGUGCGCGGCCGCGGCGCUCUACCUGCGCCCGCCGCAGGCCUACUACCUGCUCAUACCCGUCUACAUACUCGGCGAGAUGUUCAUCUCAGUGACGGCGUCGGUGGUGGUGGAGCUGGUGCCCGAGGACCUGCGUUCCUCCACGGUGGCUGUGUUCACCUUCAUCACGACUAACGUCGGCGGCUCGCUGCAGCUGCUGCUGGGACCGAUCGUCUCGGCGUUCCGCGCGUCCGGCGCCUCCUACGAACACGCCUUCCGCAUGGGCCUGUACCUGCUGUUCCCGGGCGGGUUCGCGCUGUGCGGCCUGCUGUUCGCCGUGGCGGCGCUGUGCGUGCCGCGUCGUCCUCCGACCGUCACCCCGCGGGACGCACUGCGCCAGUACCAGAAGAACUCGACCGACACACUGUAUGGCGAGGAGCCUCCGGUAGUGGUGCCCAGCGUGGCCUACGGGGACCGGCCAGUGGCCGGGCUGCACUCGGAGGCGUGAGGGGGCCCGUGGCCUGGCGGGUGUCUCCGUGACUGAUGACCUGAGGUCACGGAGAGAGGGGAGAGGGAACGAGAGGAGGGCUCCCGUUGAGUUUCGGUUGUCCUUGACAAUUGGUUAUUGUCCUCGGUGGAUCCGCCGAAUCGGGAAUGAACCAGACCAGAGAGACUGCCACGCGGAGAUAACAGCUACGUUAAAUGUUAGGGAUAAGGCAUAAUGACGCUAAUUUUUCGAUACUGUUUCUCAUUACCUUUAAAUAUAAGUCGAUUCAUAACGGUUCCGAUACUGAAGCUUGCCGUCAGCAUAACCAAACUGACAAGGCAAUGGCUUUAUGCAUCCCCAAGAAAUCAUGGACAUUAUGCAUGGGGAUAACAACACCUAAUCAAUCUCAAUGAUUUUCACGGCUUUCCGUUAUCUGGUUUUGGGUUUCUUGACUAUGGGGAAAGGGGGGGGGCUGUUGAGGACUAUCGCGGCUUCUGGAAAUGCUGCAAAAUCAUUUUGUUUUGUUGUGUUUAGUGAAAAGAGUUGGUGAAAGCUGUGUAGACAUGUGUUCAUUGUAGGGCUCUGGAAGCCAUUUAGAAAAUCAUUCCACAUAGUAGAAUUUGAUAGCUGCUGGUUGAAGGGCAUAGACUCGUUACAGUUCGUGUUUUCGCUACAUGUCUGUAGCCAGUGUACUUUUUGUAACUAAUGAUACGUUUAGGAAAUGUCCUCACACCUGCAUCUAGAUGUUAUCGGCUAGUUUUUGACUGGGUUAUUCAAUGCCACUGACGGAUAAGCGGUAAAUUGAUCGAACCGUACAAAGACAGAUUAUCUUUCUACGCGUAUCAUAUCCUGGUCUGCCAUUCAUACAUUGACUGCUAACUUUAUAUUUCUUCGAAAGCGAAGCUCGAUUGCGAGCAUGCCAAAUUAUGAGAUUUAGGUAUCCAAUAUUACCCCAACAAAUAUUCCAGAAGUUAAUGGCACAAGAACAAGAAAAAACAGCUCGGUUCCAUCAACUUGCCGCGUUUCCGAUAAGUAUUUCCCCCCAUGUCAACACCUAGAAAUGCCAGAGAAGCGGUGCAGGAAGGACACUGAUGACGCCACACCCUUAUUAUGACGUCAUACUGCACCUUCAGUGCCAUCCGCUCUGGCGGUCUGUCAGAAUCUCAGCAGUAUUCUGUGGCGAAUGUGAUACCGUCGAUAUGUGGAUAGUCGGCGCGGUGGAGCGAUGUUCAUGCCAUUAAUGUGGGCGAGAAAAGCGCGGCCGGCGGCGCGGAGGGGUGUUUACGGGGAGCCCCCUGCCGGCACGCGCUGUCGUAAUCCCGACAUAGCGGGAGGGCUGUGUGUGAGAUGUGUUACUGCGAGUACCCGCUGCACACGACACUAACGACGGUAGUGUGCCGUGUGCACACCUAGGUGUGGCGAGUGAGUUGUGUCUAUUUGGAUUAUUUAUUCGUCUAUUUACAAUACAUAUUUAUGCCAAUUCA